AUGGUGUCUGAAAGCUGUAAUACAGGAGAUAGCCAGUCAAAUGUUUCCACAGGUCAAUUGUCCAGCUUUACGUGUCCGCGGGUGCGCCCCUAUACACCGGAGUUUUUCAAUGACAUAACAAACCAGGAGAGUGAUUCAGCUCGUCUCAACGCCCUCUACUCCUCUGCUAUGGCUCCCCGUACAACUACAACUGCUCAGGAAUUCUACAAGGACAGGAAAUCCAACGGGAAGCACCAGUUUAUUAGACAGAGGCAACAAGACAUCGGCGAUGACUGCAUCAAAGAAGCUGUGUGUGAUAAAGGUGCCAAAUUUCGCACUAUUGAUGGAUCCUGCAACAACCUGGAGUUUCCGCAAUGGGGAAUGGCAGGAGUCCCGCUUGUCCGGAUUUUACCUGCUUUCUACUCAGACGGUAAGAAAAUGAUGCGGAAAAGUGUAAAUGGUGACGAUCUACCGAGUGCUAGAAUGCUUCACACCACAUUGCUGACAGCUCCUACCAUCGCCGAUGAUGUAGCCACAUACGCAGUCAUGAGCUGGGGACAGCUGAUCUCCCAUGACACAGCCAGAGUUAUGGAUCAACAACCUAACAAUGGAAUGGCGCAGUGCCUAUGUUGCAGUACUGUAGGCACAGAGCUGCCUCCCUCCAUACGGCCUGGCAACUGUGUGCCAAUAAGCGUUCCUGCUAGUGACCCAUUCUACUCUUCUUUCAGAGUCUCUUGUCUCAACUUCAUGCGAUCAAUGACUACUGAUGAUAAGAACUGUAUCAUCUCACCUGCUCAGUUUAUCUGCAACCAGCUCUGGAUGUCUCUGACUGAGACUGAGAGAAUAAACCUGCUUAUGAUGAGGGGGUAUGGUGACCGUGUACGAUCAUAUGACGAAGUUGUGCAUUUAUUUAAUGACACAUUUCCGGACCGGCCACCAAUAUCAAAGUAUACCGAUGGUGCACCACCUCAUUAUGCUUUACAAGUACGAGCGCUGCUUGACAGAAAGUUUCGCAAUCGUUGGAUAGGACAUGUAACACAUUACGUUGAUGCCUCUUUUCUGUAUGGCUCAGCAAUCAAAGUGGCUCAGCGCCUACGAACUUUCAGUAAAGGAUUACUGAAGUCUCAGCUAGUCAAUGGAUCACAUUACCCACCCAACUUGCGGGAAAAGAGUCGUCACUGUCCCCACAGUGAAGCCUGUUACGAUGCAGGGGAUGACCGAAUUAACCAGAAUCCCAUGCUAGCUGUGCUACAGGUGAUGUUCCUACGCUUUCACAACCAUGUAGCGGAGCAGUUGUUGAAACUGAACGGUCAUUGGUCGGACGAGACAUUGUACCAGGAAAGUCGCAAGAUUGUAGCAGCUGUGGUUCAGCAUAUCACUUACACAGAAUACCUCCCAAUGAUUAUCAGUCCCAAUGUCUUGGAAGAUCUGAAACUCUCUAGCAACCUAGGGCAAGUGCUAAAUCAGUACGACAAGUUUCUAAACCCCGGAACUUUCGUGAGCUUCACUUCUGCAGCCUUUCGAGCUUUUCACUCCAUGAUCCCCCCUGAUAUCCAAUUAUUUAAUGAUAAAAGAUCCUUAGUAAAAGUAUUCAACCUUAGUGAUGUUUUCUUCAAACCAGACACAAUUCAAAAGCCUGGCCUGUUCAACAACUUUGUUAUUGGUCUUACUUUCCAGCCUGCUCUGAAAAUGAAUGAGGCCUUUGCAAGAGAGAUAACAGAGUUGCUGUUCAAGAGCAAGCAGGGUCUGGGUGUUGAUUUAGUCGCAGCAGACAUCAUGCGAGGCAGGGACCAUGGUCUACCAAGAUACAACCAGGUCAGGCUCUCUUGUGGGCUGUCUGUUGCCUCUGACUUUAAUGAUCUCAUGCAGGAUAUGCGUGGAGAGCCCCUGCUGGAGAGGGGCUGGAUAAAUCCAGUGCUCUCCUCCCCAGGUGACUUGAAGUGGAUGAGUUCACUGCCUGUACACUUUGCCCAGAGUGAACAACUUCUUAACAACACGGUUAUUCCAAAUAGUGGAUCAAGGCAUUGGUUGCUCAACAUGAGAGACUACCUCAUUACACCCAGAUUGGUUGAAACCCGGAAAGCAGUGGAAAUAUUGAGUAAGCUAUACAGUUCAGUUGAUGACAUCGACUUGUACCUUGGUGCAGUAUUGGAACAGGCAAUGGAGGGCAGUAUAAUGGGGCCUACCUUGCAGUGUAUAAUUUCUGAACAGUUUCGACGGUGGAAGGAUGGCGACAGAUUCUUCUACACUUUCAAGAACAGUCCUGGUGCCUUCUCUCCUGGUAUUGUUCUUAAACUAUACAAUUUACUUAUAUAUGCCAUAUAAUUGUAUAUAAGUUCUCUAUGGCCAAAUCUAACUAUUAUAUGGUCAUCAUUCUCAAUUUUCAUUUAAAAUCCUCUGUAUCCUUACUGGGUUAUAAAAUAUAUAAUAGCACAAUAUAAGAUUUUUGAA